UUUUUUUCUUUCUUUUACUAUUCAUAUAUAAUCUAAUUGACGAAUUAAAACUUUGUGCCAACAUAUUGUGAUUUUUAAUCUGCAUUGCACUCUUAGGUUUAUUGCAGGGGCUUUCUUCUACCCUCCACAACCUUUUAGGGAUCAACCACAUAUGUGAAAUGAAAUUGAUCCAUGAUCGCUCGCUUUAUAUUUUGGACCACAUGGUAAAUAAAGCGGUAAAAGAUGUAGAUAUCCAAGAAAGGGAAGAUGGCCUUGUCUAUGAAGCAGUAUUCCAAGCUGUCCGAAGAGGGAUUAUUGAGUUCGUUAUCCGUUUAUGUAAAGUAGAUCCGGAUGUAUUGUGGCGAAACAAUUCAAUGGGAAGGAACAUAUUUCACUAUUCAAUUGAGUGUCGCCAGGAAAAAGUUUAUAGCCUUAUAUAUGGGGUUCGUCAAAGAAAUCUUAUUUCAACAUUUUCAGAUGCUUUUGGAAAUGAUAUGCUACAUCUUGCAGGGAUGCUAUCUCCAACGGAAAAACUUGAUCGUAUUUCAGGUGCAGCCUUGCAAAUGCAGAGAGAAAGACAAUGGUUCAAGGAGGUUAAGAGUACUGUAGUUUUACCCUCGGGAGUGAGAGCUUUCAAUAAAGAGGGUAAGAGACCCCAUGAACUAUUUACCCAGAACCACAAGAAAUUGAAGGAAGAAGGAGAAAAGUGGAUGAAAGAUGCCGCAACUUCUUGUACAGUUGUAGGUGCUCUCACUAUUACCAUCAUGUUUGCUGCAGCCUUCACAGUGCCUGGUGGAAACAAUGGAGGAACAGGCUUUCCCAUAUUCUUACAUAAAAAGAUGUUUAUGGUUUUCAUAGUUUCAGAUGCUAUAUCUCUCUUUUCUUCCAUAACAUCAGUGCUAAUGUUUUUGGGAAUUCUUACAUCACGUUAUGCGGAAGAUGAUUUCCUCAAAUCCUUACCCACAAAGAUGAUAAUAGGCCUUUCAACACUCUUGAUCUCCAUCGCUACCAUGAUGGUUGCCUUUUGUUCUGCCCUUUUCCUUAUGCUUCAUGAAAGAUUGCAGAUUGUUAUCCCAAUCAUUUUCCUCGCCAGCAUUCCAGUUGCCUUAUUUAUUGGGAUGCAAUUUCCCCUUCUUGUUGAGAUUUUCAUUUCCACAUACGGAGGAGGAAUAUUUGAUAAGAAAGUGAAACGGUGGAUAUAAAUUCUUGAUGGUAAAUGAAAUAUAUAUUUUAUUUUUUAUUUAGAAAUGAAAUAAUUGUAUAUACUUCCGUAAUGUUGUCAUCACUUCUAGGAAGCUUGUUUGUAUUCACUAUAUGUAAGUGUUUUGGGGUUCUGUAAUGAAAUCCUGAGAUUUUAAUUGUUCUUCAAUUAUGAAGAUAUAGUUGAGUAGGAGAACCCUUUGCAUCU